GUGAACACAAGUCGAGUUUCGGAGUCGGCGGCCGGCGUGCGAUAGCCAGCCAGUCCGCACCGAUCCAUCGAAUCGACACCACGCACCGUUCCCACGGAGGCACACACUUUGGCGUGAUAACUUAAAAAAAAGCCGGCCGUGCUCGAUAAGUGACAGUGCGAUAGUGAGCGGAAUUGAGUGAUCCGGAAAAUUUUCUGGCGAGGACUUUAAUUGCAACGUGCAUUCGAAAAACGAAUCGAAGUAACGAUACGAAUAGUUUACAAUUUGCACGAUAUCCUUGAAGUGCAAGACGUGGGAUGUUCCACUGAUGACGUCUAUAUUGUAAAAGGUGUCGAGAUCAAGUCAAGAUGACGUGGCUUCGAGUAUCGGCGUGCUUCUUGGCGCUGUCUGUGCUGAUUGCACCGACCUUAGCAGCCGUGUGCCCCGACGGAUGUGUGUGCAACACUACUAGAGAUGGCCUCCACCGUGCCACCUGCAGCAGCCUGUCCGAAUUAUACAAGUUUACCCUUCGCCAGAAACAUCACAAUAUCAAUAUUCUCGACCUGUCGCAUAACAAUAUCACGAAACUAAAUCACGAGCUGGACCGGCUUACAGAAGUUGUCACGCUAGAUCUGUCUACAAAUGGUAUUCAGACCCUUAAUAAAUUCUUCCACAAUGCCAAGAAAUUAGUGCAUCUGAAUCUGGCUAAUAACAGAAUACAAAAGCUUUCCUUCGUCUAUUUACCUUCAAGCGUUAGUUCACUAGAUUUAACUAACAAUCUAUUGAAAGAUGUGCCUUCAGACUUAGGACAUUUAGCUAGUCUGGAGCAUUUGGAAAUGGAGGGAAACCCUCUGGAUUGUUCGUGUGAAAACAUAUUGGCACGCGACCGUUUGCUUAUUGCAAAUGUUUACAUAGAUAAUGUCAAGUGUGCUUCACCUGCGAAAUUUGAGGGGAAAUCCUGGCUAGAAUUGAAAACGAAAGAUAUAUGCAAAGUUCCGAAAACAGAAAAUAACUUGCUGGACAUGAUGAUGGGUGACCAACCUAUCGACGCUGUUAAAAUCGGAGAAGAAACUACUGCUCUAAAAUCAAUGCCACUUGUAGCAAAGAGCGAUCUAGAAGAUGGCACUGUUAUUCAAGGCAAUGAUGUUGUAGAAGAUGAUGAUCAAUUACAAUUCUUGAAAGUAGGUCAUACGUCACCAUCACCUUUUAACACUAUCGAGGGUUCUGGCGAUGGAAACGACGAACAUACGACUAUGAUUAUAUUUAUGGAACCUAAAAUGAAUCGAAAGCUUGAAAAAGAUCUAUUAGCAGCUGAUGAAGUUAUAGCUGCUGAAACCGAACCUACUACUGAAGACCCCAUUGAAGGAUCAGGAGAGGGGUCUGGUGACAUUCUCAUCGGCGUUGAUGAAAGUCAUGGAUAUGAGGAAACAACAACAGAACCCUAUGUAGACCUAAAUCCAGAGCCAGUACAUAGGUAUUUCGAUAACGAUAACAACACAGGUACUGAGUUCCCGAUACCUGAGCCACCAUCAGUGUACCAAGGUGGUGUUAAUUGGAACGUAGCAUCUCCUCCAGAAGUUACAACAGAAAAAGUAACAUCGCCGACACCACGUGACACUACAAUGUCUGAACAAAUCAGAGUUACUCAAGCAUCUGAAGUUUAUGGACAAAUACGUGAUGAAAAUGAAAAUCCAGCCCCUCAUAAAACGGGCACAUAUGUUUGUAUAGCAAUAAUUGUGAUCUUAUUAGUAGGAUUAAUUGGUUUUGCAAUAAUUAAAGGUCAAAUGAGAAAACGAAGAGACAGAAGACUUUUACGCCAGCAAAAGAGAGAUGUAGAAAAGGCAUCGAAGGAAAUGGUGGACAUGAAUAAGUCAUUGUUAGGAAAACCGGCAGGUGGUAUAGAGGCUCCUGUCGACAAAAAAGUCAAUGGAAAAUACGAACUAGUCCCAACACACGAAACACCUUUAAAGAAGACCGAAAAUGGAGAACUCGGUAAUGGUGUGAAUCAUAGUAACAAUAAUGGCACAAGAACUGAUAGUCCGAGGGAUACAAAUCAAAAUAAGAACAGCUCAAGGGAUAACAAUCUUGUAGAUGACAUUCCCCAGCAACACGAAACUUCUUUUGAUUCAGACCCAGCGUCACCUGAUUCGAGGAAAGAUACCAACUCAUUGUCAAGCGAAGAUAUCUUUGUGCCAAUUAAUGACGAUGAUAAUCUUAAACUAAACGGCACACGAGACUCCGAUAUAUCUCAACCUUUAAUAAAUGGGGACCAAAAUACUGAUUCAGACUUCUUGUCACCAUCGCGUGAAUACGUUCCAGUGUACUCGCCUGACAUGGGUCGAGUGCGCAUAAAGAUGACGGAAACACCUAAACCCAAAACGCCAGUACUAGUCACCAGAAGUAGGUCGAACGCUGGAGACAUCAUCAUUACUCCGGCGGACUCGCCCAAGUCGACCACUUGAAAUCCGGUCUCAGUUGAAAGGACAAUAACACUCCGUGUAAAUUAGUGUCAAACAGCACACACAUGUAACUAUUGGCGAUAUUCUGUGAUUAUUGUGCGUGUAGUUAGGUCCAAUCUCGAGUGUGAAGGAUUGAAGUCGAUUCGUUCGAUCGUGUGUAAGUUUUAGAACCUUUGCUGCCAAAGUGUGUUUGUAGUCGACAGUGCCUUUAUUCGUAACUUUGUUAGUGGUAUAAUAUAUUUAUAAAAAUAUAUUGCGCAAUAAGUAAUAAAAAUAUUUUUAUACGUGUAAAAAGUGUUGCCAUGUUCAUGAUAGUUGUAAAAGUCUUGUUAGUAAUACUUGAAUACGAUAUCGUAGCUGUUCUACGAUGUUGCGAGUGUCGGCCGCUAGAUGUUGUUGUACAAACAUUGUGUUCUGUUUCUGUUCCGUACGUUGAUCCUGCGAUAUCCUUGUGUAUAGUAUGAUGGGGUACAAUACUUGAAUUGUAACAUGUUCAAUGGUUGUGUACUUACUUCUACCCUGAGAGUAUAUAUGUAAACAAUUAUGUAUAACAACGUAAGGUCCAACUGGCUAUGUUUAGUUAUUGUCUCAUUUUCUGUCGAGAGAUUCAUUAUUUCAUGGUCUGGCUA